AGUCCAAUCUUAUAUUUAAGAUCAUCUUAAGUACUGUCUUAAGAUGUCAUGAACCAAUCACAGAGCCGUAUUCGCAUCUUAAGACAUUACUUAAGACGGUCUUGAAAUAAGACUAUGAAUACCGGCCUACGAACAGACUUUACGUUGCAAUGACAGGUUUCCUAACCUAUCAUACCUAGCAUCUUUAACAAUUAAUUACUCGGUUUGUAGAGCCGAACGACGAUUUUAACUUUCAGAUUCGGCUUCUACGCAUCGAAAUACGUAAAAUAGAAGUGGAGUAAUAUGGCACUUAAAGGAAUAAAGGUUUUGGAGUUAGCUGGACUUGCUCCAGGACCUUUCUGUGGAAUGAUCUUGGCUGAUUUUGGAGCAUCUGUUAUCAGAAUAGAUAAGAUCGGAGUUCAAAUAUUUGAUUGUCUUGGUCAUGGAAAACGAUCAAUAGCAUUAAAUUUAAAGUCACAAGAAGGUAUCGAAAUCUUUAAAAAAUUAAGCAGUCAAAGUGAUGUUAUUAUCGAUACAUACAGAAAAGGUGUUAUGGAAAAAUUGAAGAUUGGGCCAGAGGAUCUUAUGACAAUUAACAAAAAAUUAAUAUAUGCCAGAUUAACUGGAUAUGGUCAAUCUGGCCCUUAUGCAAAAAUGGCUGGUCAUGAUAUCAAUUAUUUAGGCUUAUCUGGACUACUGUCCUUGUUUGGCCGAUACAAUGAGAAACCCACACCGCCCGUUAAUUUGGCCGCUGAUUUUGGUGGUGGUGGCUUAAUGUGCGCCCUUGGAAUUAUACUGGCGCUGUACGAACGAUGUAAUAGCAACGUAGGACAAGUGGUGGACGCGUCGAUGGUAGAAGGAAGCGCGUACUUGGGCUCAUGGUUAUUCAGAUCACAGAAAUUACCAAUUUGGGGAAAUUCACGCGGUAAGAAUAUAUUGGACGGUGGCGCACAUUUCUACGACACAUACGAAACGAAGGACAAGCGUUAUAUGUGCGUAGGAGCUCUAGAGCCGCAGUUCUACGAAGUCUUCCUGGAGAAGCUCGGCCUCACGAGCGAUGAGAUGCCGCAAUAUGAGAAUUUCGAGGAGAAUCGCCGUAAGAUCACUGAGAUCUUCAAAAAAAAAACCCAGGCGCAAUGGUGUGCUAUAUUCGACGGCACCGAUGCGUGCGUGACGCCGCUGCUGAGUCUGCAGGAUGCCGCUUCACACGUUCACAAUCAGCAUCGGAAGGCGUUCACAACUGCAGCAAACGACGUGAUACCAAAUCCUUCUCCUCGUUUGUCUCGCACGUCAGCUGUUUCUGCGGGAACUCGUGAAAACCUGCAGCCCGGGCAAAACACCGUGGAAAUCUUGACUGAGUUGAAGUAUCAAUCCAAAGAAAUUAACGAUUUCCUGUCGAAUGGAUUUGUUUAUCAAGCGCAACGUAUUUCUAAGGUUUAACGAAGAAUGUUCAGAAACGAUUACGCUUUAAAUGUGAAAAGCUGUACAUGAAUAAUAGCGCGACAGUAAAUUUUUUAUAUAAAAUAUAAAUGUACAAUAUGAAAGUAUGGGUUUAAUGGAAUAUAUAUAUUAUACAUAUAAGGUAUAUUGCCAAAAGAAAUUUACGUUUUAAUAUUUACUCAUUGAUCAAAGAACGUUCCUCCAGUCUUCCACAUAAUGAUAAGACCUUUAAUGUUUCAUUAACUUCGACGCGGAUGUGAUAUAUGUAUUACAUUAUAUUUUUAUUAUUUUAUUCGAUGAAAAAUAAAGAACGUUAAGAUCUCUAAUAAUUUACAAGAUAAUAUUUAAAUAUUGUUACAAUAUCACAAUAUUAUUGUAUGUACAUAUAUAUAGCUAUUUUAUAAAAGAAACGUAACUCCCAUGACAAGAUAUUUUAUUAUUCCGUUACCGACGCGAAUUUAUAAAAUUGAUUUGUGCAAAAUAUGCAUUAUUCGUCGGAACAUCGGUUUUGUGAUACAUAGUAAUCACAUACAUAUAUAUUAUAUGGGAUUGGUGAUUGCAAUCGUCAAAAUGUUUCUUUAUACGAAACAUCGUCAACCAAAUGCGAAUUCACUUCAAGAAAGCUUAUUCUGGUAUAAAACUUUUAUCUGCAAUUAAUUAUAUUGUAUAAAAUUCAAAUUAUAUUGUAUAAAAUUCAAAUAAAAAAUUGAAAUACA